AGAAAACUGUCACCGGCACUGGGAGAGACACGCACGUGACCCGAAGUUGUGCGAUUUUGUUCUUGGCAGCCGGGUGGUUGUUGGAAUGCUGAUUGUGUCGUAGCAGUCGCAGGAAAGAUUCGGAUUUCGAAGGCGCAGAUUACAGACGGCUGGAGUUUUAGGGCUAACUGGGCAGCGCGGUUCCUCUCCAGGUAGGGUUGAACAUUAUCAUAUGAAACGUGGAGCUGCUGCUGAUUUGUUUCCCUGUGUUACCUGAUCAAAAAUGUGGAGCUGCUGAUAUAUGUGCCUAGAUUCAGCCAAGCCUGAAUAUGGACGAUCAGAUUCCUAAUAGACCUGUUAUGUUUAUACAGAGGUUUGUGUGGACAUAUUUAUCAUUAUCCAAUGCUACAGAAGCUUCUACGUUUCCUUAGGAUGGUUCUACAACAAAUCACAUAUAAUAUGGAAUCGGCACUUAGGUCAGGAAAACCCUAUGGCUCCUCCCGCAGUAUUGUAAGGAAAAUUGGUUCAAACCUCUCCCUCAUUCAGUCACCAAGAGUCCAUUUUCAGCUUAUCCCCUACCCGGUGGAAAUAAAUGCUCAGAAUGGGAACACAAUAGCAUCAUUUGCUGAUGUUGGCUGGGUUGCAAAAGAUGAAGGGGAAUCAUUCGCUAGGCUGCGUUCUGAAAUCCGUCCCAACCAAAACACACCUGUAUUACCUGAGCCAGUCCCUAUGGAGCAGCCACUCAUCAGACAGACCUCGUUACCUGUGCUGGCGGAGGAGGAGGUUAAAGCUCAGGGUGUAGCCAAUAAAGAUGCAAUGCAAAAGAUCAGCGCCCUCGAGAGUGAACUUGCCAAUUUAAGAGCCCAGAUAGCAAAGAUUGUAACCUUCCAAGAACAGCAAAGCUUAACAGGUUCCUCUACAAGUACAGACAGCGGCAGCCUCUCCACUCCCCCUCCAUCAGCAGCUCCUCCUCCACCGCCGCCGCCACCUCCACCUCCACCUCCAGGGCUCCAGAAAAGUGUCUCCGCUAUUGACCUUAUUAAGGAGCGAAAGGGCAAAAAGACCAGCACAGACAUAUCCCUCACAGACAGUGCACCAAAGAAGCCAGAAAUGCCCAGUAUGUUGGAUGUCCUCAAAGACAUGAACAGGGUGAAACUGCGUUCUGUGAAAAGGAGUCCUGAAGAACACAAGCCAAGUGACCCAACUGACCCAGCUACACUAAUAGCAGAAGCAUUAAAAAAGAAGUUUGCUUAUAGAUACCGAAAUGACAGCGAAUCAGAAAGGACUGUUUCCAAAGCAGAACACCAGCAUGUCCCAGAGGUGCCUCUGUUUGGACCUCAUAUGCUGAAAUCUACAGGGAAGAUGAAGACCCUCAUCAAAGCAUCACAUUCUUGAGAGCAAAAAGAAAUAUUUUAAAGCUUCUAUAAAAUGUUCUUCCAGCACGA